AUGAAAUGGUUCACUGUAUACCAGGCUGGCUUCACCUAUAUUCAGACUGAGCUCUCUGCAGAUGGAAAUCGCGUAACGUACAACAUGUCUGAAGAGAGUCACCCAAAUCUAACAAUAAAUGGUCUAAGAGACAGUGAUGCAAAGUUUUACUGCUGCAUCAACACUACAGAGACACCAGAACUCUGCUGGCACAACAGAACUAAGCUCCGUGUUGCAGACCUGCAGGUGAAGGUGAUUCCUGCCACAGAGGGACAGACAGUAUCACUGAUAUGCAAAACCAGUUGUCCUCUGACUGAAAACCCUGCAGCCUACAUCUGGUACAAGAACAGAGAGUUUCUCUAUCAGGACUGGUCUCCCUGGUACCAACAGCUGGUCAGCAGUGAGGAAGCAGUCAGAUACUCCUGUGCUAUCAAAGAUUACGAGCAUCUCAGAGCUCCUGAAGUCUCAGUGGAUUCUGUCACAUCGACCUGCUUUACUGUGACCUACACUGAAGGAAGAAUGUGUUCUUAUAAGCAGACAUCAGUGGAUGAGUCCUGCUCCAUCACAUAUCCCAGAGGUGUUGAUUAUAAGAACUGCUGGAGUGUAAAUUACAUCAGAAGGAGAAUCUGUGCCCUGGAAGGCUCUUCAGUGAACAUUUCAAGUGAAUAUUUGUAUCCUGACAACCAGCAGCCUGAGUCUAAAGUUUGGUAUAAAAUGAAGAGAAGUGGUGAGGAGGAAGCUGUGGAGACGACUGAGGAUGCAGUUCGCGUGCAGUAUCUUGACAACAUGAACAACCAGCACAUCCUGAGAAUCAAAAACCUGAAGAAGACUGACUCAGCAGAAUACAUAUUCAGACUCCAAAAAGAUAGACGGAGACUGAAGGGUGAUCCACCUGGAGUGACUCUGAUUGUCUCAGGCUUGGAAGUUAAGUUGCAUCCUGCUGUGGUGACAGAGGGCCAGAGAGUCACACUGACCUGCAGUACCAGCUGUCCUCUGACUGACAACACAAACUACAUUUGGUAUUUGAACAGUCAAUCUCUGAUGGUGCCAGAGAACCAAAACAAACACCUGGUUCUAGACCCAUACCACAGGAACAUCAACAGCAGCAGUUGGAGUUGUUACAGCAACAACUCCUGCAACUGUUGA